AUGCUCGUCAGGGUCUUUGCAAGGUACUUCAUCCAUUCUUCCACUUGUCUUUGCCCGCCUUCUCGAAUCAAAGUGUCUUUUUUACAGCCACGAACCUAUCGGCGACCAAAGCAAUCUACCUUAGGUAGUCCUUUUCUCACUCCUUUCUCAACCCUUCACCCUUUCCGCCUUCGAUCUCGCAGACACCCCUACGUUUUCGACAGUUGCGACUAGCACACUUAACCUCAUUCCAUCCCUCCGACCGAAACUCUUUGCCCAGGAGAUCAAUCAACAUGGCGAAGGUAGCAACCGACUUUGAGAAGAUCAUCCAACAAGGACGAGAGAGGAAGAAGAACGAGGCGCUGGCACAGAAGAUCUUCUCCAAGGAUAGGCGGCAGAGCGCGCCUUCAAAGCUCAAGCCCGGUGCGGGGCCGUCGCUGGCUAGCCGAGUCGGCAUCACCAAGAAGCCGCGCACCGCAUCCCUUGGUCCCAAGGCCCUUCCCGCUGGCAACAUCGAUGGCGACUGGACACAUGACCUCCACGGAACGGUGAAUGGCGGCGGUAACGGCGGCAGAGGACGAAACAACAACGGCAAUAGCGCCGGCGCAGGCGGCCUCGCGUCGCGCAUCUCUGCGCCGGGGGGAGGAGGAGGAAGGUCCGCGCCCACCGCGGCGUCGAUGGGCAACGGCAAUAACAACAGCAGACGACGCGCCGAGCAGAAGGCGGCGAGAGUCGCUGCCGCGAUGGAGCGCUCGGGCGCCAUGGCCGACGUUCAGAUGACCUCCGUCGCGAACGUGGUGUCCACGGGACCGGUGAUCAAGCAGGGCCUCUCUAUCAGAGGGCUGGCGGGGCCGUUUGCGGUGAUGGCGCAGAACUUUGCGCCGGGGACGACGGCGGCGGACAUCGAGAGCGCGAUGACGCCCGUAGGCGGGGAGAUGCUGGAUUGUCGGAUCAUCAAGACGACGCCUCUGAUUCUGGCGGAGAUGGUCUUUGCGACGAAGGAGGGCGGUGAUGCGGUUAUUUCCACAUUCAACAACCAAACGGCCGAUGGACGCAUCAUCAAGGUCUACCCCAAGCCCGGCGGCUACAAGGAGCCCACUACCCGCCCCGCGAACGGCCGUUCGACAUCCAGCAACUUUGUCGACGGCAUGAACGGAUUUCCCGAGGCCACGCAGGAGGACAACGGCGGCUUGUACAGCGACGACCUCGUUCGCAAGGCCGGCAACAACAACAAUAACGCCCGUAGAGGACGCAACUUCAACCGUGGCGGCAGACGAUGAAGGGAGGGGCGAGAUGACACGAUGAGAAACAUUUCCGGUCGGUGCUAGACGGCAAAUUAUGGGCACAACACUAAAAAAAGAAGACGUCGUAUCCAUAGGGGUUUCUACUUGGGCGUUACAUUUUUCGAGAGCGGGCUUGGGAAAGGGUCGGAAAUACCUAGGCGACUCCAUGGGUAUGUUGAUUCUGCUCGUAAAGGGGGGCGAGAAUUUACAAAUCGGGGGUGGAUCUCUUCGCAAGGAAGGGG